UGAUGCACUCGGCUGUUGCACCCAGAGGAAGUUGAAAAAUCCGAACCCGCUGCCGAAACUUGCCAAAAAAAGAGUUUGGGCAGCAGAUAACGGUAAGACACACAUGAACGGAACAGGAAACAAUGACGAAACUCACUGUUUUGGCGCUAUUUAGCACUUCUACCUAACUUUGCGUAGCGUUUGUCUGCGCAUGCUCCUCAUCAGCUCUAUUGGAUCCACGUGGUGUGUGUGUGUGUGUGUGUGUGGGUGGAGUGAUAACGUAGUUUACAUCCACAGGCUGUAAGCAGAGGAGACGCUUGUGGCUGCUGUCCUGAACUGGGCUCCGUCUAUUUCCUGCUUCACAGAGACCCUAACACACAGGCGCCAUGGCAGAGACAGUGCUGGUGGUUGGCGGUGGUGGACGGGAGCAUGCGCUGGCCUGGAAGCUGGCCCAAUCGCCGCAGAUUCAGAAAGUCCUGGUGGCCCCGGGUAACGCAGGCACGGCCGGCUGUGGGAAGAUCCGCAACUCUGAGGUAUCGGUGAGUAACCACGCCAUCCUGGCUCAAUUCUGUAAGGAUCACCAUGUGGGGCUGGUUGUGGUCGGACCUGAGGUGCCGCUGGCAGCGGGUAUUGUAGACGACCUGACGGCGGCAGGAGUGCCCUGUUUCGGCCCGUCUGCCAAAGCCGCCCAGUUGGAGGCCAGCAAAAACUUUUCCAAGGCCUUCAUGGAGCGCCAUGGCAUCCCCACGGCCCGCUAUGGCUCCUUCACCGACCCCCGGGAGGCCUGCAACUACAUCCGCACGGCCGACUUCCCGGCGCUGGUGGUGAAGGCCAGCGGGCUGGCAGCAGGGAAGGGAGUCAUUGUGGCUGGAGACCAGGACGAGGCCUGUCGGGCUGUGAUGGACAUCAUGAAGGACCGAGCCUUCGGAUCUGCAGGGGACACUGUGGUGGUUGAGGAGCUGCUAGAAGGAGAGGAGGUGUCGUGUCUGUGCUUCACUGACGGCUCCUCGGUGUCUGCGAUGCCUCCAGCGCAGGAUCACAAGAGGCUGCAGGACGGCGACCUGGGGCCCAACACCGGCGGCAUGGGGGCCUACUGCCCCACCCCUCAGGUGAGCCAGGAGCUGCUGCAGCAGAUCAGAGAGACGGUCCUUCAGAAGACUGUGGACGGGAUGAGGGAGGAGGGAACUCCUUACGUGGGUGUGCUGUAUGCAGGGCUGAUGUUGACCAAGCAGGGAAUAAAGGUCCUCGAGUUCAACUGUCGCUUCGGAGACCCGGAGUGUCAGGUGCUGCUGCCCCUCCUGAAGAGCGACCUGUAUGAAGUGAUCUUGAACACCAUGAAUGGUAAACUGGUCUCCAACGCCCCUGUGUGGCACCAGGACAGCUCUGCAGUCACUGUGGUGAUGGCCAAUGCCGGUUACCCCGGCUCCUACAAGAAAGGAGUAGAGAUCACAGGCUUGUCCCAGGUCCAGGACUCGGGGGUGCAGGUUUUCCACGCCGGCACAGCUCUGAAGGAGGGAGGCGUGGUCUCCAGCGGUGGGCGGGUCCUCACCGUCACUGCGGUCAGGCCGUCCCUGGAGUCGGCCCUGCAGGCUGCCAAUCGGGGCACGGCGGCCGUAGGCUUCCCGGGUGCCGUGUACCGCCGCGACAUCGGCCACCGGGCCAUCGCCCACCUGAACCAACACAGAGGUCUGACCUAUAAGGACAGCGGAGUGGACAUCGCUGCUGGAAACAAGCUGGUGGACAUGAUCAAGCCCCUGGCCAAGGCAACAUCCCGCGCUGGGUGUAAUGCAGAACUGGGAGGUUUCGCUGGGCUGUUUGACCUGAAGGCAGCAGGUUUUGUCGACCCGAUCCUGGUAUCCGGGACAGACGGAGUGGGGACCAAACUCAAGAUUGCCCAGGCGUGCGGGCAGCAUGGCGGUCUGGGUCAGGACCUGGUGGCCAUGUGUGUGAACGAUGUGCUGGCUCAAGGCGCCGAGCCGCUUUUCUUCCUCGACUACUUCUCCUGCGGCAGCCUGGACGUGGACGUCGCCGCGUCGGUGGUCGGCGGCAUCGCUAAGGCCUGCGAGAUGUCCGGCUGCGCUCUACUGGGUGGUGAGACAGCAGAAAUGCCGGGCGUCUACGCUCCAGGAGAGUACGACCUGGCGGGGUUCUGUGUUGGAGCGGUGGAGCGCGGGGCUCUGCUGCCCAGGCUGGGGGACAUUGUAGAGGGGGACCUGCUGAUCGGACUGGCCUCCUCUGGGGUCCACAGCAACGGCUUCAGCCUGGUCCGCAAAGUCCUGGAGAGGGCCGACCUCAGCUACAGCUCCCCUGCUGUUUUUGGCAGGUCGGGACAGACUGUCGGUGAGGUUUUGCUGACUCCGACAAAGAUCUACAGCCGCCUGCUGCUGCCAAUCCUUCGCAGCGGUGCCGUCAAAGCCUACGCUCACAUCACAGGGGGGGGGCUUCUGGAGAACAUCCCUCGGGUGCUGCCCCAAGAGCUGGCAGUCGACUUAGAUGCCUCUCGAUGGAGCGUCCCUCCAGUGUUUUCCUGGCUCCACAAGGAGGGGAGUCUGAGCGAGGAGGAGAUGGGCCGCACCUUCAACUGUGGCCUGGGGGCUGUGCUGGUGGUUUCCCCCCUGGAUGCUCAGAGGGUCCUACGCCAGCUUCAAGCUCAUGAAGAGGCCUGGAUCGUGGGUUCUUUGGCCCACAAGCACCAGGGGGCAGAACCUGUGGUGGUCCGCAACCUGAAACACAGCCUGCAGAAUGCAGGGCCCGCUCCCAGCGGAGAGUUGGGUGUCGAGCAGAACAGUGGUUGCGACAGCAACACGCCACACAAGAGGACCAGGGUGGCUGUUCUCAUCUCUGGCACAGGCACCAACUUGCAGGCACUGAUGGAGCAGGCCAAGCGUCCAUGCAGCUCUGCAGAGAUCGUGGUGGUCAUCUCCAACAGACCCGGAGUUCAGGGCCUGAAGAGAGCUUCGCUGGCUGGCAUCCAGACACGGGUGGUGGACCACAAACUGUACGGGAGCCGAACGGAGUUUGAUGGCACAAUUGAUCGUGUGCUGGAAGAAUUUAGGGUGGAGCUGGUGUGUCUGGCUGGAUUCAUGAGGAUCCUCACGGGAACCUUCGUCAAGAAAUGGAACGGAAAGCUGCUGAACAUCCAUCCAUCACUGCUGCCCUCAUUCAAGGGGGUGAAUGCCCAGAAGCAGGCUCUGCAGGCGGGAGUGCGGGUGACUGGCUGCACGGUCCACUUUGUAGCAGUAAGUAUGACAAACUGUAGAACCACCAGACAUCAAACAAAGGGCCCUAUACCUCAAUUUAUUUAUUUUUUUGUUCAUCCGUGUUUAGGAAGAGGUGGAUGCUGGAGCCAUCAUCGCGCAGGAGGCGGUGUCCGUGCUGGGCAGCGACACGGAGGAGAGUCUGUGCGACAGGAUCCGAGAGGCCGAGCACCGGGCCUUCCCUGCCGCUCUGGAGCUGGUCGCCAGCGGCGCGGUCCGGCUCCGAGAGGACGGACACAUCACGUGGAAGUCCAAUUCCCAGAGUUAAAAGCCACACAUCCAGUUCAGUUUUACAUUAACACUUUACUUCUAAAACUUCUCAUAUAAUACAAAAGAGACACAACGGUCAAGAUAUUAACAGUUUUCUGUUCUUUCUUCUGAUUGUCCAGUUCUUAAUGGGAUGCUUAAAGCUUUCAAGCAUACAUAGAAACAUUUCAACUUUUUGUGUGAAGAAGCAUCAUACUUGAAACAAAAUUACAUUCCAAUGUUACCUUUUUUUUUAUUUGAGAUAAUUAACUUAAAUAAGAAUGUUGAUUGUACUUGUAAUGACAGAAUGGGUUAGUAUAAUUAUGAAUGUCUGUUACUAAAACGUCAUUAUUAAACCUGUCUGGGUGAGAACAUGGGG